AUGAGGAAUAUUAUCAGAGGUUUCAUUGCUGCCCUUCCCACAAUAGCUCUGUUUGUAAUGGUUGUGUCAUUGGCAGGUCUUCUAAACAAGCCGUAUAUAGUAAAAGCAAGACACGAACUCAAUGAACAAUCAUCUCAUAAUUUCGAAGACAUAAAUGAAGAAGAUUAUGAAGAAAUUUAUAAUGAAGACGAAGACGAUGAUAUUGGUGAAAUAAGCGAGCCACCAAGGAAUUGUCUUCCACUGCACUUCUCGCCGGUGGCGUUACCACACAUUGCUCUUGUGAGUGUACCAGGGAGUGGAAAUACAUGGGCCAGACAUCUUAUUCAACAAGCAACAGGUAUUUAUACUGGGAGCAUGUACAAAGAGACAAACAUAGACAAGACUAUAUUUCCAAACCGUCCGUUCAAUAACUCUGUGAUAGUAAUGAAGCGCCACACAAGGUGGUCAGUAGGAACCCCUAUCGUUAAAUCCAUUUUGCUAGUAAGGAACCCAAUGGACGCCUUUGUUGCAGCUUACAAUAGAAUAAAAUCAAACAAGACGGGACACGCACCUAAAAGUCUGUUCCAUUCCGAAGACUGGCGUACAUUUGUCACUGACAGAGGAUCGAAGUGGCUCUUACACGGAGUUAAUUGGCUGGCAUUUCCAUAUGGACCUGUACACGUUGUAAAAUUCGAAAAUUUGCAGUCAAAUCUAAAGGAAGAGUUGAGGAAGAUUUGUAUUUUCCUUGAUCAUCCAGCUUCGGAGGAGACACUGAAUUGUGCAGUUCGAAAUGCAGAAGGUGCAUACAAAAGAAACAGAACAGAGACCGACAGAAGUAUCUUCCCUGAAAGACUUUUAAAGAAACUUGAAUCUGACAUUUUGUUUUUCGAUUAUAUUACAGAAGGAUACGAAAAACUAAAUCGUGAAAAGUAUCAUAUUGACAAUCCCAAACGGGUUGAUUAUAAAGAGAUACACAUGAAAAGAAAUUCUUGAAUUCAUGAAACGAAAAUCACUCACACACAAUAUAGUAUAGUUUAGGACUGUAUUUAUCAUGCCCCUGGUGCUAGUGAAAUGCGUAAUAUUUUUAAGUAUCACAAAAAGAACAAUAAGCAAAGCAGUGCAACUUACAUGCUCAUGUGUUUUCGAAAUAAAAAAAUGUAUCCAAGCGCACCUACACUCACGUAAUUCUUUUGAAAGAUACCAAAGUUUAUUGUAGUGGACCUCCUGCGGUGCACUAGCAACGAGC